AUGUAUUUUGUUAAGUAUUUCGAUGAAAAUUUCGUAAAAAUAAUUAAAAGAAAAUUUACAAGAAAUAUAGAAAGCAGUUUAAAGCCAUCCUCUUUAAGAAUAAGAAGUGAUAAAAAAAAUUUUAAUGAUAUAAUUAACAAAUACUUACCUAAUAAAAUUUUGAAAAAAAAGAAUAUAUCAUUGUAUAAAAAUUACAAUUCUAAUUCUAAUAAAAAAUAUUAUUUAUCUUCAAAAAUAGAAAGAAAAAUUAAAUUACAGGAAACUACUAAUAAUAAGGACAUUACAUUAUUAGAAGAAAAUAAUAAAAAUGAUUUAUUUUUUAAAGAAAACGAAUUCAAUAUAAGUAUAUUAGAAAAACCAAAUAAAGAAAACGAAUGUAAUUUAAAUACAUUAGAAAAAUCAAAUAAAGAAAACGAAUGUAAUUUAAGUACAUUAGAAAAAUCAAAUGAAUUAUUGGAAAUUUCAAAGGAAGAAUAUGAUAUACAAAAAUAUAAAAAUAAAUUGCAUAAAAAAAUUUGGUUAACACUCAAAAGGAAUAACGAAAAAGAAUUUCAAUAUUAUUAUGAUAUACUAAAUAAGUAUCCUUUAAAAGAUGAAGUUUCUUAUUCUAUAUUGAUGCAUGGAAAUUUAAUAAUUUCUAAUGGAGAAAACAUUAAUGAAUCUUUUAAAAUAUUAAAUGAGAUGAAAUUAAAAAAAGUACAUUGUUCAUUAAUUAGAUUCAAUGAAAGAUUGCUACAUUCUUACUAUGAAUUAAUAAAAUUGAAUGCACGUCCAAAUAAUAAUCAAUGGAAAAAAGUAUUAAGAACAGUAUGGUUCACUUCCGCAUUAAUUAAAGCAAGAAGACAAAAAUAUAUCUUAAGAAAAAUCAAAAAGAUUAAAAAAGAUAAUUCAGUAUCAUUAAGUAAUUUUAAUAAUAUUUUUAAUAUUCAUAAUUUAGAGACUUUAUAUAUCGAAAAUAAAGAUCCUUUAAUUGGUAAAAAUUUUAAAGAAAUAAAUUAA